GAAACACGAGGAGUAUAUGCAGGUACUAACAAUUGGAUUUUUUUUAUAGUUGCCUAAAUUUUCUUAUGAUGAUCUUACCAGUCAUGAUAGUGAUAGGUUCAUCAUAGAGGUAUAAACAAUAAUAAUGGCUAUAAAGAUAAAGGUAGAGUUCUUAGGUGGAUUAGAUAUAAUAUCAAGUAGUGUCAGAGAACAUAAAUGUUCUGUACCUUUAGAAGAAGGUGAAGCUACCAUGAAAGAUUUAAUUGAAUAUGUUACUAAAAAUAUAAUAACUGAUCCAAAGGAUAUACCUGUUUUCAUAGAAGAUGAUACUGUUCGUCCUGGUAUUUUGGUGCUUAUUAACGAUACCGAUUGGGAAUUAGAAGGAAUGGAAGACUAUGUUUUAGAAAGUGGUGAUGUCUUUACUUUCACUAGUACUUUACAUGGAGGUUAAAUAGUUCAAACUCAUUCAUUAUUAUUAUUAUUAUUAUUAUUAUUAUUAUUAUUAUUAUUAUUAUUAUUA